AUUCCAGAAAUCUCCGCACACACACCACUACCAUUCAUUUCCUCUGCUCUUCUUCUUCUUCUUCUUCACCGCCGGAAAAAAUGGCGACGGGCUGCGACGUGAAACUAAUCGGUGCGUGGGCGAGCCCAUUCGUGAUGCGUCCUCGCAUCGCUCUUAAUCUCAAAUCCGUCCGCUACGAGUUCCUCGAGGAGACAUUCGGAUCCAAGAGCGAGCUUCUUCUCAAAUCCAACCCUGUCCACAAGAAGAUCCCGGUUCUGAUCCACGCCGAUAAACCUGUUUGCGAGUCGCUCAUCAUCGUGCAGUACAUCGACGAGGCUUGGAGCUCAUCUGGACCGUCUCUCCUCCCUUCGGAUCCGUACGACCGAGCCGUUGCUCGCUUUUGGGCUGCUUACAUUGAUGAAAAAUGGUUUCCCUCCAUAAGAGAGAUCUCGAAGGCUUCGGGAGAAGAAGCGAAGAAAGCAGCGAUAUCUCGAGCUGAAGAAGGGACGGGGCUCGUGGAGAAGGCGUUCGUGGAGUGCAGCAGAGGAAAACCUUUCUUCAAUGGCGACAAUGUCGGGUAUCUCGACAUAGCCGUGGGCUCGUUCCUGGGUUGGUUGAGGGUGACCGAGCUGAUGUCGGGUCAUAAACUGUUGAACGAAACCAACACUCCAUCCCUGACCAAAUGGGCAGAGAGGUUCUGCAAUGAUUCCGCUGUGAAACCUGUCAUGCCCGAGACGGAGAAGCUCGCUGAUUUCGCCAAGAAAAUAUUCUCGAAGCCUCCUCCUCCUUCUGCAUGAGGCGACGCUCCUAACCUGCUUUAUAUGUUUCGUAUGAAAUAAAGGAUUCGGGUAUCUGGCAACUAUUUCUGUGGGUUUUCUUUGAAUUCGAGCAGAGAUCAAGCAAGAAUGGGGUUUGAGAUGGUUCUUUGUGUGAUUGCUUGUAUCUUUGCUUGGUGAAAUAAAAAAUUUCAAUCGAUGCGUAGUAGACAUGUUA